AGCCGGCGGAGGGGCCGAGCUCCGAGAGGAGAGGCCCGGCGAGGACCACGGUCGGGAUCGCCGCCCUCUCCGCCGCGAGAGAAACUUUCUCCGGAACGCCGGAAACUUCUGGGCGCGCGCGCAGAGCCGGGGGCGGGGGAGACCGCGGCGAGCUGCGGGCAGGCGUGCGUGCGUGCGCGGCUCGGGUGACUCCCCGCCUGCCAGGGUCCCCGAGGGGGUAUUGGCUGGCCGUGCGGUUUCCAGCUCCAGGAGAAACCCUUCCCAAACCUUCCCGUCCUAGAGGCACGUCUGAACCCUCACCUAGACUUAUGACCCGAGGCCUCUCUCCACUUCUGCCCACCGAGUCCCACAAGAUGGGCUCCUUCCGCAGGCCCAGACCCCGCUUCAUGAGCUCCCCGGUGCUCAGCGAGCUGCCCCGCUUCCAGGCCGCCCGGCAGGCUCUGCAGCUGAGCUCCAACUCGACCUGGAACAGCGUCCAGACUGCUGUGAUCAAUGUUUUCAAAGGGGGCGGCUUACAAAGCAACGAGCUCUAUGCACUGAAUGAAAACAUCAGGCGGCUGUUGAAGAGUGAGCUCGGAUCAUUCAUUACAGACUACUUUCAGAACCAGCUUCUUGCGAAAGGACUGUUCUUUGUGGAGGAGAAGAUCAGGCUGUGUGAAGGUGAGAAGCGCAUUGAGGUUCUGGCUGAAGUCUGGGACCAUUUCUUCACUGAAACCCUCCCAACUCUGCAAGCCAUAUUCUACCCCGUCCAGGGCCAGGAGCUAACAAUCCGUCAGAUCUCCCUGCUGGGCUUCCGUGACCUGGUCCUGCUGAAGGUAAAGCUGGGCGAGCUGCUGCUGCUGACGCAGGCCAAGCCACCGCCCUCCAUCGUGCAAAUGCUGCUCAUCUUGCAGAGUGUUCACGAGCCCACAGGUCCAAGUGAGGGCUUUCUGCAACUGGAAGAGCUGGUGAAGCAAGUGGUGUCUCCCUUUCUUGGCCUCAGCGGGGACCGUGGCUGCUCAGGCCCCACCUACUCACUGGCCAGGCGGCAUUCCAGGGUCCGGCCCAAGGUAACGCUCCUCAACUAUGCCUCUCUGAUGACCACCGUCAGCCGGCCCCUGAAUGAGAUGGCCCUGACCCCACUCACAGAGCAGGAAGGGGAGGCCUACCUGGAGAAGUGUGGCAGCGUCCGACGGCACACGGUGGCCAAUGCCCACUCGGACAUCCAGCUACUGGCCAUGGCCACCAUGAUACACUCGGGCCUGGGGGAGGACGCUGACAGUGAGGACAAGCACCUGCUCCUGCCACCCAGCUUCCCCCCAGCCCACCGGCAGUGCUCCAGCGAGCCCAGCAUCCCAGACAGUCCUGAUGGACUCGAGGAGGUGGCAAGCGUGAGCCAGGAGGACUCGGAGCUGAACUCUGCUUCCCUCAGCUGAGGGCCAUCCCCAGGACUUUCCCACUCCUGCCUGGUAGCCAGGAUGUGGACUCCUGUCGCCCCCAGUGGACCAGCAAGGUGCUCUUCCUUGGAGCAAUACUGUCUUCUUUUUUUUUUUCCUUUAGUGUAUAGGCCUGGUCUAAAUGUCCUAGGGUGCAGCACAUAAACCUCUCCAUUUAUGGUGUCUGGGACAAGUUCCUCAUGCCACACAAAUCCAGCUGUCCACUGUCCACCCAACUUCCAGCCUCAUCUGCUUGAUCUCUGGGCUUUCCCCAUCCUGUCAGACUGGCUGAUGUUCCUAAUGAUACGUCUCGGUGCUUGAGAGGUUCGAUCACACACAAGAUGAUCAGAAACGUGGUGGCCUUUGCAGUCCCCUCAGACUCCUGCAAAAAAACAGGCCUGUGGUAAAAAGAGUAGUAAAGAGCUGUUAUGCAACUACACGUGGUCCUAGGAAUAUGUCCUCCUGAGAGAAUUACUGUGAAAGCAUUGUCCCACCAUAGGUGAGGUUCCAGCUUGACCUACAUCCAGAUAUGAAGGCCUUUAGCCUUCGCCUGAGGAGAAUCAUCAGGCUGGAGCAGCCCUCUCUUGUAUAAACCUCCGCAUUUUGCUCUUGGGCUUCCUUCUGAGCUCUAGGACCUCACCUGCUAACCCGCUCACUGAUGCCUUAAUCCUUCUCUAGCUUCAAAAAUGGAGGGGCUGGCUGAGAACAACCAGGUUCUCUGUACAUGGAUUUCACUUGAACUUAUAAAAUGCCUAUUUUUAAAACUAUCUAGAUAUUUGCACAUCAGAUCUUGUGCUAUGGAUUUGCAAUGGGGUGUAUCUUCAGACUGACAAUAAACAACCCUUAGAAAAGGAGCUGGGCAGUGGGUCCACAUACAGUGGUCUGUGGUGGGCAGGACUCAUGGACCACAGAACUUGGGAAGCAGCUGGACUUGAGUCUGGAGCGGCCUACUUGUAAGCAUCCUGGUUUCCAGGGAAGGCUGCUUUGGGGUGAGCAGACUAUCUCUUGAGCAAAUAGAGUGUUUCCUGUUUCACAGUGGAGGGGGAGAGAUGCAGGUCGGCCGAGGGGUUUUUUGAAGGAUGUUCAUUUCCCCGUGCUUUUAGAAGUCCCAGCAGUGUGUGGGAUUGACUUUAUAUAAGACUGGUCUCAAAGUGCUGUUUGGUACUGUAUUAGGUCCUUACUACUGCUCCCUCCAGGUCUGAGAUCUUUCUGUCUACUUUUUCCCCUCUUCAUAUUUUUCUAUCGGCCUUGCUAAUUUAGAGGCUCCGGGGGAAAAAAAAAAAAAAACAGAAGGGUUCUCCUGACCCUCCAGAUGGCACGCGAUGGCCUUUCAAGAUCCUGUUCAUCUUGGGAAGUUUUGUUUGGAAUCUCAAGACAUAAGCUGCUGGCAGAAGAGCCCUUCCGAGCUCAGCUAAGCCUCAGUCAGUGGUAUUUCCCUUCCAGGUGGAGAGAGAAAAUAUAACCACAGUUGUGUUUUUGAUGGCUUGUGAUUGGGAAAUUCUGUGUAAAAAGAUGUUUUCAUUUCAUUCUCCUAAGAGAAUGACAGAAAUGUCCAAAUUCCUUUGAAAAGUUCAAAUUGCAAAGAAUAUCUACAUAUGUGUUGUACAACAUGCAUGAAUUGACUGACGUGUGUUAGCAGAUUGUCAUGAUUGAUUUAGUUGAUCCCAGGUGAGUACACUUAACACAUACAUGAAAUCACUUAUUGAUCCAGGCAAAGGAAUUAAUCACGGGAGCUUCUUUAGUUCGUAAGAUUAGUAGCAUAUGUUUAUAAAACCCUCUUUUCCAUAUCUCAGAUGUCUGCCAUGGGAACAGCAGUUAUCACUUAAAUCUCUAAGCUCUCAGGGUGGGAACAGGACCGUCAGGACUGACCACUAAACCUAAUUGCUGCUGAAUACUAGUUUACAGUUUUGCCAUGGGCCACACUUGCUUUUAGGACAGAAAAUAUUCCAGACUAUACCCAUACAUAUUUUGUGGCUAUUUAUGGGCAUUUUAGCCCGUCAGACCUAUUGCAAGAAAAUGCAGUUUUAACCACUUCCCUUCCCCUUUGUGUGAUGAAGAUUCAGUCAUUCAUCUUUAUUAUUUUAGGCCAAGGUUUCUCUUUGGCCGAGGUUCGGUGACAGGAGGCAAUCACAAAUCUGGAUUCUGAAUGAACUUGUAAACCAGAGCCCUCUUUUCAUGUUGUCUGUUUUCAAAAUAGAUCCAAAUAAACACCAUUUUGUA